AUGGCAUCCAAAACGAGCACAUCCCACCAUUCCCAGUCUCUCAACCCACCGCUGCUGGUACUUCCGGAGAGCGCCUUUGACAGACCUCUGCCUGCAAGCUCAACGUUCCACAGCCUGCUGCAGAACGACCGACCUCUGUUUAGCAGCCACACCUGGACCUCCACCAGUGGCGAUCUUGGCCUUCUCCGAGACGCCGAUGAGGUCGAGGAUCGUGCCAUUUUUGUGCAAGAGUACAAUCGCUUGGCGAAAAAGCAUGGAAUCCGGCCGCUGAUUUUGGAUGAUUUCGAUCCCAACAAGCCCGAUGACAACGGAAAACCGAAACGCGGAUGGUUCCGUCGCAUGUUUUUGUCUGGCCCCCGGCCUGCGACCGAUUCUAGAGAUCGCGACUCGCUGAGAUCCCGACAUCGACGAAGUGCAUCCGACUUGGCCCAUCUAAUUCACAGCAGAAGGGAAGCUCCAAGUGUCUUAGACCUCCAGUCCAUGGUGCGCGUCAGCGGAAAAAGCUCUCUUUACCUGCCUAACGAGAUCCCCGGAUCGAUGAAAGUUGUUGGCGCCCUUUUCGACUAUUACUGCCACAUGGAUAAAGGCAGCGCCGAUAUCUCCGGCACUCUAUCCAGUCGCAGCUGA